AUGGCAACAGUACACCAUCUUUUACCAAAUGCAAAAUGUUUUUAUGAAGAGUUAAAUGAACGUUCAAAUCUUGCUGAAUCUCAACGAUGUAAGCGUUAUCGUGCAGUCGUUGUUCUGCAGCGUUUAGUUCGGGGGUAUUUGAUAAGAAAAUAUUUUGCAUGGCUUGCAAAGAAGGCUACGGUUAUCCAAUGUGCAUUUAGAAUGCAUAGAAGCCGUAAACUAUAUAGAGAAGCUCUGAUACGAGCGGUUCGGAAUAAACACGCUAAAAGAUAUAACCAGGCUGCAACAAAGAUACAGGCAUUAUGGCGAGGUCAUUUUUCAAGACGUGUUAAAUUUUGUUAUUAUUCCUAUCGAAGAUGGCUACAAAUUGUAAAAGAACGUGGAGAGAGACGAGCUGCCGAAGCUAUUGAGUUCUCAAUUAGAAGUAAAGUGGACGAUUUAAGAAUUCUAGAAGAAGAAGCUCGAAAAUGGCUUGCAUUUGUUGUUUUCAAGUUACACCAUCUUUUAAGAACAUUUGUUCGCGCUGGUAUAUAUUCAGAACCAGGUACAACUGAGCUAUCAGAAUUUGAAAACCUUUUAAAUUCAAUCCGUUACACAGAAUAUAUGAAAAGGCUUAAGAAGAAGUACGAUGAAUUUGUACGGAAACAUAAAUCGCGUUUCUCGAACAAAAAGCUAUUUCCGAUUAUUGGAAAUGGAUCAGAUUAUUGGUAUCUUUCUCUGCCUCAGAUGUACGAAUUGACUGCAUCGCCACAGAAAGUCAAAGAUACCCGCCACAUUUUAACACACCAUGGUCCACAGCACAAAAACCCUUUCCUUUGGCGAAAGGUCAGAUCAACUUUGUCCUGUGAAAAUAGGGGUCCAUUAAAGUCUACAAAUUUAUCUUCAGAUGAACCUUCUUUGAAAAACACGCAACUUCAAAAAGAUCCACGUUUUCAUCUUUAUGUAAAGCAUUACACUCCUCAGCCAAAUAUAUUUGAUUAUGUCGAUUAUUAUAUUAAUGUUGUAUUGAUAAGAAAACGAUCAAUUCAAAACGUCGACAAGGAAUGA